ACAACCUGCAAGGCAACUCUGGUAGUGAUGGUGCUCUUCUUUGUGUUAUUAUUGUAGACAAAGCCAAAAUAAAAUUAAAAAUUUCCUAAUAAAUUAUUGUUUGUCCAUUAAAAUUGGAAUAAAAUCGGAACUUCGCCCAAAGGAAUAGCGAAUAAAAGCUCUGUAAAUUGCAUUUCACUGAAAAUCUAAUGCGCGCUGUUGAUUGGCGUCGCUCCAAAUUUACCAAAUUAAUUGUUGAGCCGCAGACGGAAGUGGACAUAAUGGACGACGAGGCUAUUGUGACUGUUGAAAAAGAGCUGGAUCGCGUUGUGAGUAAGUUGGAGCAACUCCACGAAAUUGCGUCGGCCGAAAUCGGAGAUGUUGCAUCGCUCAUGUCGGAGCUGGUAAAUGUGUUGGGCAAUGCAGGACAAAUGCUGGUCACCACGCUCAAUACAGGCACACAAAUGAACGCGCCAGGUACUGGCAGCACAGACGAUCCAAUGGACGACGCCGUGAACAUGCAAGUGGAGACAGAGCCAGCCGCUCCGCAGCGUCUCACCGAUAGCCAGAUGGAAAUAAUAAGAGAAGCCAUAUCCAAAUGCAAUGUUCGCGUCCAGAAACUGUCGACGGAACAUCGCGACUCUCAUGGAUCUGUUUCAAAGAUUGGCAAGGCAAUUGAUCGCAACUUCAGCUCUGACUUCAGCUCGACAAUGCGCGUGGACGCGCUGCAGGACAAGGACAACUUAAUGCUGCUGAACAAGGCCAUUGCCAAGCAUUACUGCCGUCAGGGUAUGGACGACGUGGCACGCAUACUAAUCAAAGAGUGCAAAAUGAGUGAGAACGAUGCCCAGGACGUGUUUGACUCGGAGCGUGAGUUCGCUGAAAUCUACAGCAUCUGGAUACAGAUACAAAAGCGAGAGCUUAACGAAGCCCUCAAGUGGGCCAUACGACACUCGAGCCAGCUGCUCGAACGGCACUCUCUCAUCGAGUUCAGAUUGCACCGCAUGCGCUUCAUGCAGCUGGUCUCAUAUGGCCUGGAGUCGCAGCACGAAGCCAUCUUGUAUGCUAGAAACCAUUUUCAGAAGUUUGCCGUUCGCUACGAGCACGAGAUUGCCAACUUAAUGGCCAGCUUUAUAUAUCUGCCCGGUGGUCUUGAGAAGACGCCCUAUAAGAUCUUUUUGGCCCAGGAAAUGUGGACCGAGCUAUCGUUCACAUUUCUGAAAGACGCUUGCCAACUGCUGGGCAUUAGCAAAAACUCGGCCCUCUCAGUGGUUGUAAACGCCGGCUGCACCGCACUACCUGCUUUGCUGAACAUCAAGCAGGUAAUGCAGUCACGCCAGGUGCUGACCAUGUGGAAUGGCUGUGACGAGCUGCCGAUUGAGAUAGAUUUGCAGCCAGAGUUCCGGUUUCAUUCGAUUUUCGCCUGCCCGAUUCUGAGGCAGCAAACCACUGAGGACAAUCCACCGAAGAAGCUGACAUGCGGCCAUGUCAUCUCGAACGAUGCCUUGCACAAGCUCAGCAACGGGCAUAUUCUGAAGUGUCCCUAUUGCCCCGUCGAACAGAAUGCCGAGGAGGCCGUUCGUAUUUACUUUUAAUUGUAGUCCUUAUAUUAUAAAACAAUUAAUCAUAAUAACAUAUACUAUGUAAUUAAAUGUGAGCCUGCCAGAUAGCGCGCUUAAAGCAGUUCGAGCGUGGACCAGAAGCGGAGCACCACGUGAAGAUGAACGAAGGACGAAGGACGAAAUGACUGGCUGACCUGACCGGGCGAAUCAAAAUGAGUUAUUCAUGUUGAAUUUGGGCAGCUUUUUUCCUUAAAUGUUAUUUGCAAUUGACAGCUCAUCUAGAUAUGUUCUUUAGAUAAAUUGGUGAGGCGGAUUCGAACUACUUGGAGCCGCAACUUGUACGAGUAAUAAUCCUAACCAGCCCAUGUAAACCCCAUUAGCUCUUAGUUAUACACAUAAUAAAUAAACAUUUAUCUCUA